GCCUUAUUCUUCUGUGUGGUACCAGAUUCAGAACCAGAACAAUCUGGGGUAAACUUCAGAGAAGAAGACUCAAGCUUGAUGCAAAGAAACCACGGCAUCCCUAAGACGGGUAGUGAGCUCCCUCCCCAUCGCCAGACAUAUUUGAGUGCUGGGCUAGCGGUCCACUUGUCCGAUGAUAUGUUGCAAGUGCUGGGGGGGACGGCUGGUUGUUUCAGCAUGAGUCGGGCUAGAUUAAAUGGCCUGUGCUUUGAGACUCGGCGCCCCAGUUUCCUUUUACAGACCAUUCACUGCCCCGCCUCCAUAAGAACUUCAAAAUCAGUGGGGCGGAGGACGGCUUCUAUUGCUUAUUUGCCAACCUCAGUGGCUUCUACCCUCAGUAAAGAUGGCGCCAAAGCCGCCUCCGGAAGUUGCCGAAGCCGCGAUUCCGGAAGUUGCCGAAGCGAAGCGCUUCCGGAAGUUGCCGAGAUUGUCCGGAAGCUUCCGAGAGAAGGGCAUCAGGGAAGCAGGAUGGCGGACUUGGUUAAGAAACUGCGGGCGGAGGGCAUCGAGAAGCGGUUGGUGCAGGAGGGCACCGGAGAGCUGCCCGACUUCCGGGACGGGACAAAGGCCACGUUCCAUUUCCGGACUCUGCGCAGCGACGAGGAGGGAGCCGUCCUGGACGACAGCCGCCACCGGGGCAAGCCCAUGGAGCUCAUCCUGGGCAAGAAGUUCAAGCUGCCCGUGUGGGAGACCAUCGUGAGCACCAUGCGCCCGGGCGAGGUGGCCGAGUUCCUCUGCGACGUCAAGCACGUGGCCCUGUACCCGCUGGUGUCUAAAAGUCUCCGGAACAUCGCGGCGGGCAAGGACCCCCUGGAGGGCCAGCGGCACUGCUGCGGCAUCGCGCAGAUGCAGGAACACAGCUCCCUGGGCCACGCCGACCUGGACGAGCUGCAGCGCCACCCACAGCCCCUCAUCUUCCACAUAGAGAUGAUCAAGGUCGAGGCUCCGGGCACCUACCAGCAGGACCCAUGGGCCAUGAGUGAUGAGGAGAAGAUAAAGGCUGUGCCCCUCAUCCACGAGGAGGGCAACCGCCUGUACAGGGAGGGCCGCGUCAAGGAGGCCGCCACCAAGUACUACGACGCCAUCGCCUGCCUGAAGAACCUGCAGAUGAAGGAGCAGCCCGGCUCUGCCGAUUGGAUCCAGCUGGAUCUGCAGAUAACCCCGCUGCUCCUCAAUUACUGCCAGUGCAAGCUGGUGGCCCAGGAGUAUUACGAAGUGUUGGAUCACUGCUCCAGCAUCCUCAACAAAUAUGAGGACAACGUGAAGGCUUAUUUCAAGCGGGGCAAGGCCCACGCAGCUGUGUGGAACGAGCGCGAGGCGCAGGCCGACUUUGCCAAAGUGCUCCAGCUCCAGCCGGCCCUGGGCCCCGUGGUGAGCCGGGAGCUCCGUGACCUGGAGCAGCGGCUGCGCCAGAAGAACCUGGAGGACAAGGCCCGGUUCCAGGGCAUCUUCUCUCCCUGCCCACCUCAGCCGCCCUGCCCGCCCCCUGUAUAAAUGUAUUUAUCUGCGG